AUGAGACAGCUUAUGAGACGCAUUAAGGAAUAUAAACGACUAGAGGAUAACCAGUUGCAAAGUAAAGGCAAAGCACUGAUGAUAAAUCGUCCCCGGCAAAGUGGUUUUCCGUUCAUAUCUCAAAGGGGCUUGAUGAUUCAAGAACCGGUAACACAAAUGAGAGAAGUAAAUGUGACAUUUAAGGAACCGUGCCAAGUGUUGAAGGAUCACCUCGGGCAAUUGGUUAAGGCCGAGCAUUUAAAGGAAUUUGUGCUGGACUCGGGGAACAGAGUUGCAAGGAAAGAUACUCGGCAAAGGGGGAAUCCUCUUCCACCCCCUUUAGGGGUGAUUGAAGUUAUCCAUGCUGCCCUAGAGGGGCUCAUUGCAGGAAGAAGGAAAGGAGUGUUGACUAUAGUACCAGUAGAGAGCUGCUGGGACGUACAACCGCCGGAGAAGAAAAUGAGGUCUGCACGGGAGCCUGUCGCAUUCGAUGAUGACGAUUUGGAGGGAAUAAUCCAACCAUAUGAUGACGCAUUAGUGGUCACAGUCCGGAUAAGUGGCUUCUUGGAAAAAAGGGUAAUGGUAGACUAA